CUUUAGAAACUAAAUUCAUUAAGUUACAUUGCUAAGUGACUUCGCAUUUAAUAAUUGUUUUUUUAAUCGUAUAUGUACUCUUUCUCUCUCUCUACUUCUAUCUCUAUAUUUAUAUGUUUUAUGACUAUGUAAUCUAAACAUAUGAUAUUAACAUAAUAGCUAUAAUAAUUGAUAUGAAUAUGAUAUAAGAUUGAAAGAUUUUUAACCUUUUCUACAAAUACCUCAACAAAUUAACAAGUUGCACUUGUCAUUAUUUUGAUUGUAAUAUAAGAAAAAUAUGUUAAAAAGUACUACAAGAAAGUUUAAUCAUACAAACUAUGGAAUAUUUACCACGUGCUAUCGUAUUAGGCAAUUAUUAGUACGUGAUAAUUCAGGUCCUAUAAUUGAACCUGUUCUUCCUAAAAUUCAGCCAGAUUCUAAACCACCUAAUGAAAUUCCAGCACUAAAUAAAAAUGCAGGAAAGAACAGAAUGAUGAAUACAAGUACCUAUAAUGAUGAAGUCCUCUUUAAAGAGAUAAAGGAUAAGGGUAUAAUAACGCUGAAUCGACCAAAAGUUCUCAAUGCAUUAAAUCUUUCUAUGGUACAAAAAAUAUAUCCAGUUCUGAAAGAAUGGGAGUCUACCAGAAAGUUUGUUAUAAUUGAAGGUACUGGAAAUAAAGCGUUUUGUGCAGGUGGAGAUGUUAAAGCCAUAAUUAAUUCUCUAAAUGAACCAAGUGGAAGUUUAUUGGGUGAAAAUUUCUUUAGAGAUGAAUACACAUUAAAUCAUUUAAUCGGCACAUAUAAAAAGCCUUAUAUAGCAAUAAUACAUGGAAUAACAAUGGGAGGUGGUGUUGGUUUAUCUGUACAUGGAAAAUACAGAAUAGCAACUGAAAAUACUUUAUUUGCUAUGCCUGAAACUGCAAUAGGAUUAUUUCCAGACGUGGGAGGAAGUUACUUCCUUUCUAGAUUAAAAGGAAAAUUAGGACUUUAUUUAGGUCUCACAGGACAUAGAUUGCAAGGCAUUGAUGUACUUCACGCUGGCAUUGCUACACACUUUAUUCCAUCUGAAAGACUUCAGGAUUUAAAAGAUGAUUUAUUAAAAUUGGAUACUGAUCAUAUUGAACAAGUUUUAAAUAAAUAUCAACCUAAAGAUUUAAUGAAUGAAUUUUCUUUAUCACCAUAUAUGCACAAAAUUGAAAAAUGCUUUUCUUCAUCUUCUGUUGAAGAAAUAAUUGAAAGAUUAAAUAAAGAUAAUUCAGAAUGGGCAAAUCAAAUAGUACAAAUACUAUUAAAAAUGUCACCAACGUCUCUAAAAGUUACAAAAAAAUGUAUAGAAGAAGGUAGUAAACUUACUUUAAGAGAAUGUUUAAAAAUGGAAUACAGAUUAAGCUGUGCCUGUUUGCACAAAAAUAGUGAUUUCUAUGAAGGUGUUACAACUUUACUUAUUAAAAAAGAUAAAAAUCCGACGUGGAAUCCAAAAUCUUUAUAUGAAAUCACAGAUGAAUAUAUUAGUCAACGAUUUCAAAACCUACCAGAUGAUAAAGAACUGCAAAUUUGAUAAUACUGUAUAGUGUAUCAAUUGUAUCGUUACAUUAAUUACAUUAUGAUGUUUAUUUUUCUAUAUAAAUAUAUA